GUUUGUAGUUCUCUUAAAUGUUCAGAGUAACAACGUUGUCCUGAGUGACUUUACGAGUGACAGUAAACCUCUGUGUCCCUUCAGUGUGAUGAGAAACCGCUCUUAUAAAACUAAACCGAAUCUGAAAAACACACACGAGUGAAAACAAACGUUUGGAUGAAAACGCGGAAUAUAUGGUUAUACUAAAGUCAGAAGUCCAGCCACGAGUACAUAAACUAUCUGUUGUUUUCUUUGCAGUGCUUGUUUUACUUACUUACGUGACAUGUAUAUUUCUAUUAUUCCCUUCUCAAUCGUGACAGAGUGUCCAGAAAUGGCGUUUAUUAAAGAGGAGAGUGAAGACUUCCGGAUUGAAGAGGUUUUCAGUGUCAAACUAGAAGAUUUUGAGCAACUAAUGGUUAAAGUUAAAGAGGAGAAUGAAGUGCUGAAUGAAACGGAAGAGAAAGAUCACCGUGAUUAUAUAACUGAAGAAAACUCGUUCACUUACUCGCAGACUAAAAAGUCUUCCCCACGAAAAAGAGUUAAAGCGAUACGAACCAGAAGUAGCUUAACCUGCUUUCAGUGUGGAAAGCGUUUCACUCAACAUGGAAGCCUUAAACUCCACAUGAAAACUCAUACAGAAAAACCCCCUUUCCCCUGUCAACAGUGUGGAAAGAGUUUCAAGCAGAAAACGAAUCUUAACCGGCACAUGAGAAUCCACACCGGAGAGAAGCCUCACACCUGCCCGCAGUGCGGGAAGGGUUUCGAUCAAAAAACCAACCUUAACAGGCACGUGAGAACUCAUACAGGAGAACCCCCUUUGAGCAGCGAACAGGGUGGAAAACAUUUCAGUCAAAAGGUAGACUCUGAUUACCGUGCGAAAGUACACACAGGAGAAAGCCCUUUCGCCUGCCAGCGCUGUGGAGUACGUUUCACUCAGAAAGGAAGCCUUAACAGGCACAUGAGAAUCCACACCGGAGAGAAACCAUACACCUGCCAACAGUGUGGAGCACGUUUCACUCAAAAAGUGGUCCUCGACAGGCACUUGAGGAGUCACACCAGUGAAAAGCCUUACACGUGCCAACAGUGUGGAAAGAGCUUCGAUCGAAGCGAAAAGCUGGACGCGCACACGAGAGUUCAUAAAGGUACACGGCCUUUCACCUGCCUUCAGUGCGGGAAAGGUUUCAGUCAAAAAACAAACCUUAACCGACACGUGAGAAUCCACACCGGAGAGAGACCCUACUCCUGCCCUCAGUGCGGAAAGAGAUUUCUCCAACACGUCAACCUCAAAGUCCACGUGAAAAUCCACACUCGGGAGAAAACCUUCACGUGUCGUCGGUGUGGAAUGAGUUUUGACCGAAACGAAAAGCUUAAAUCGCAUGUGAGAAUUCACACCGGAGAGCAACCUUUCUCAUGCCAACAGUGUGGAAAAGGUUUCGACCGACACGAAAGCCUUAAAAUCCACGUCAGAAUGCAUACAGGAGAAAGCCUUUUCACCUGUCAACGGUGUGGAAAACGAUUCAACCGUAAAAGAAGCCUCAAGUACCACACCACAGUUCACACUAUAGAAAAGCCUUACACCAGAAAACGGUGUGGAGUUAGUGUCACUCAAGAAGGGAUUCUCAGUAAGGAUAUGAAAGUUCACACUUAAGCCCUCGGUGUGGAGAGAGUUUCCUUCAACAUGGACACCUUAAACUCCACACGAGUACUCAUACAAGAGAAAGGCCUUUCACCUGCCAACAGGGUGGAAAGCGUUUGAAAAAAGAAAAGGAAAGCUUAAUUACACGCCCUUAGCCCUUUACCUGCCAGCACUGUGGAGUAAGUUUCACUCAAAAAGUGUCUCUCGAUAGGCGCUUGAGAAAUACUAGGGAAAAGCCUCACACAUGUAACGGUGUGGAAAGAGAUUUCUCCAACACGUAAACCUUAAAGUCCACAUGAACGUCCACACUGGAGAGAAACCACGCACCUCGCAACAGUGUGGAAAGUUUUUUGAUCGACUUUAAAAUCCACAUGAAAAUUCAUCCAGAAAGCCUCUGAGUGGAAGAGACAGGCACAUGAAGAGAUCACACUGGAGAGAAACCCUACGUAUGCCCUCAGCGUUCAGCAUGGAAACCAACAUGAACAUGGAAGUCGAUAUAUGAGAACUGGCACUGGAGAAAAGCAGAACACGUGCCACUCCUCCAGAGUUUCAAUCAACAUAGAAACCUUAAAGUCCGUGGAAGAGCUCGUACUGGAAACAAACCAUUUCAACUCACAUCAGAAUCACACUGGUAAGAUGAAACCUUUUACCUGCCAACAGUGUGGAAUAAGUUUGCACUUAAACAGAAAUGCUGAACACGCACACGAGAAAUUAACACCAGAGAGAGAAGUUUUAAUGACCUUAAAGUUUAGAUGAGAAGUCGUACUAGAGACCUUUUACCUGCAUACGUUGUGGAAGGUUCCAUAUCUGGUUCAAUUCAGAGCAGAGAGAAACUGUUUACAUGUGAAUAGAGUUCGAGAUUAACCCCUCAAGCUUGAAAUGAAAUCAAAGAAUAUCAUUUGGAAAAUCAGUUCAAAUUGUCUCAGCAAAAUGGGGAGUUUGUUUUAGCUCCUAAACACCUUUUGAGCUUCCGUAGGUCCGAGGGUGUUACGUAGUCGGUGGGUGAGUUCUGAAACUCCACCUUCUCUGACACGUUUUUUUUCUUCUUCCCGGUUCGUUUGUCAUUGAGCUGAGGAACAGUACUCAGACUAAGGCCCAAACGAAGAACAGAAGUUUGAAGUAUACCAGGGCCUUUACUGCUGUUUGGCUGCAAGUGUGUUUUCAGACAUGGUUCGACGCCGCGCUCAAUCCUUCAUGCGUGCAGGAACACAUUUUUUACAUCUUAACCACAUUUCUUUCUCUCAUGAGUACUCUGAUGAUUUCCUGGUUUAAUGAAGCCCCUCCAUCAGAAGUACGCAGUGUGUCCGUGUUUGACGCUUCCUGUAGAUAUGUAAAAACUGUCUGUCUAUACACUUUCCCAGACAGGGUUUAAAUUGAGACGGGCUUAGAUAGGCCUGAUCUAGAACACUUUAGCCGUUUUUUAAACAAAGAUUUUCUAAAACAGUACACAUUACUAACCAAAACCAUCUGUGCUAAUCUGAAUUAGGAGGACAGCGGUUCAAUUCUUGAAUAAAUUAUUGCAAUCAGCUGUUGUUUUGUAACUAUUAUUAUUAUUAUUAUUAAUAAUCUGGUUAUUUGUUAUAUUAUACAUAAAGCAGGUGUUUUAGAAAGAUUGUUUAGAAGUUUAUAUUGAUAUUAUAAAAGGCCAAAGACUGCCCAAGGAUCACAUCUAGAUCAUUUCUGAAAAUAGUCUUCAGGUCAGAAAGCUUUAAAGUCUAUGUGAAGACUAGACGCUUUUUGGCGAAACUUGCUGUUUUGAAUCAAAACAAGUCCGUCUAGAUCCGAACUGUUUUUUUAAUUCUUAUCAUUUUUUUGGUCUAGGGUAGAGAGUUAGCAAACAGUGGUUUAAACAUGAUUGACACGGCGUGAGAUUUAUUUUCAACAUGUGAAAGUUUCCGAUCGGCUCUGCAUGCUUCGAAUCUCUCUCGCUGUACUUGAUGUUAAAUGUGUUCGGAUAACGCAAAGUAUUUUUUUUGCUCGGGUCCGCUGAUGAAGUUUCAAUUAAUGUAAUUGCAGAACUGUGUUGCGUCUCCGGUGCUGAGUUACUGAAACUGAAUGAAUCCACAUAUAAAACAAAUCAAGUGAGUCAGUGAUUCACUUGCCUCGUUUUUUUAGUUUUAUUUUUAUAUGAAUCAGCUGUUUGCCUGUUAUUAGUCAUUUAGAACCCAACACUUAUUGUUCUUUCUGUCAAUUAUUGUCUUCUU